CGGGGAGGGCGGGGAGGGCCGGGCCGGCGCGGGGGGCGGGAGGAAGGCAGGGCGCGAGGGAGGCAGGGCGGAGGCGGCGGAGCGCGGCGCCCGCCUCCCGCCCCGCGCUCCGCUGCCGCCCGCGCCGCCGUCUCCCCCGCGCCGCCGCCGCCGCCGCGCCUCCAAGAUGCCCGGGCAGCGGCGGGGAGGCUGCCGCAGCCCGCUGGUAAUUGGCCAGCUUCCCUGGUUUUUGAUGCUGAAUCAGGAUUGUUUUAACUAAAGAUGGAAACACUGGAGUCAGAAUUGACCUGCCCAAUCUGCCUGGAGUUAUUUGAAGACCCUCUAUUGCUGCCGUGCGCUCACAGCCUCUGCUUCAGCUGCGCCCAUCGCAUCCUGGUGUCCAGCUGCUCCUCCAGCGAGUCCAUCGAGCCCAUCACCGCGUUCCAGUGCCCCACGUGCCGGUAUGUCAUCUCCCUCAACCACCGCGGCCUGGAGGGCCUCAAGCGCAAUGUGACCCUGCAGAACAUCAUCGACCGCUUCCAGAAGGCAUCUCUGAGUGGCCCCAACUCCCCCAACGAGAGCCGCCGAGAGCGAACUUACCGCAACAGCCCUACCAUGUCCGGCGAAAGGAUAGCCUGCCAGUUCUGCGAGCAGGAUCCGCCGCGGGACGCGGUGAAGACGUGCAUCACCUGUGAGGUGUCCUACUGUGACCGCUGCCUCCGGGCCACGCACCCCAAUAAGAAACCUUUCACCAGCCACCGUCUGGUGGAGCCCGUGCCCGACACACACUUCCGAGGACUCACUUGCUUGGAGCAUGAGAACGAGAAAGUGAACAUGUACUGUGUUGCUGAUGACCAACUCAUUUGUGCCUUAUGUAAACUGGUGGGCCGCCACCGGGACCACCAAGUGGCAUCCCUCAGUGAUCGGUUUGAAAAGCUCAAGCAAACCCUGGAGACGAAUCUCACCAACCUGGUUAAACGUAACAGUGAACUGGAAAAUCAGAUGGCCAAGCUGAUACAGAUCUGCCAGCAAGUGGAGGUGAAUACAGCCAUGCAUGAGGCCAAGCUGAUGGAGGAAUGUGAUGAGCUCAUGGAGAUCAUCCGCCAACGCAAACAAGUCAUCGCUGUCAAGAUCAAAGAGACCAAGGUGAUGAAGCUGAGGAAGUUGGCCCAGCAGGUUGCUAACUGCCGGCAGUGUCUCGAGCGCUCAACGGUGCUCAUAAAUCAGGCAGAACACAUCCUGAAGGAGAACGACCACGCGCGAUUCCUGCAGACAGCCAGGAAUGUGGCGGAGAGGGUCGCCAUGGCAACUGCAUCCUCUCAAGUUCUGAUACCCGAUAUCAAUUUUAAUGAUGCCUUUGAAAACUUUGCUUUAGAUUUUUCCAGAGAGAAGAAGCUGCUGGAGGGGCUAGAUUAUCUAACAGCACCUAACCCUCCGUCUGUUCGAGAGGAGCUUUGCACCGCCUCCCAUGACACGAUUACGGUUCACUGGAUCUCGGAGGAUGAGUUCAGUGUCAGUUCCUAUGAGCUCCAGUACACCAUCUUCACCGGCCAAGCCAACUUCAUCAGUCUCUACAACUCCAUGGAUAGCUGGAUGAUCGUUCCCAACAUCAAACAGAACCACUACACAGUCCACGGGCUCCAGAGCGGCACCCGCUACAUCUUCCUUGUCAAGGCCAUAAACCAAGCUGGCAGCCGGAACAGCGAACCCGCCAGGCUCAAGACAAACAGUCAACCUUUUAAGCUGGACCCUAAGAUGGCUCACAAGAAGUUGAAGAUCUCCAAUGACGGGCUGCAGAUGGAAAAGGACGAGAGCUCCUUGAAGAAGAGCCACACACCCGAGAGGUUCAGUGGGACAGGAUGCUAUGGAGCGGCAGGCAAUGUGUUCAUCGACAGCGGCUGCCACUACUGGGAGGUGGUGGUAGGAUCCUCAACCUGGUAUGCCAUCGGUGUGGCCUACAAGUCAGCCCCCAAGAACGAGUGGAUCGGGAAGAACUCCUCAUCCUGGGUCUUCUCCCGCUGCAACAACAACUUUGUGGUGAGACACAACAACAAGGAGAUGCUAGUGGAGGUCCACCCUCAGAUGAAGCGUCUCGGCGUCCUCCUGGAUUAUGACAACAACGCGCUGUCCUUCUAUGACCCAGCCAACUCGCUCCACCUCCACACAUUUGAAGUUUCCUUCAUCCUACCAGUGUGUCCAACAUUCACCAUCUGGAACAAAUCUUUGAUGAUCCUCUCGGGUCUACCUGCCCCAGACUUCAUAGAUUACCCAGAGCAACAGGAGUGUAACUGCAGGCCCCAGGAGUCCCCAUACGUAUCAGGGAUGAAAGCCUGUCACUAGGCUGUGGCCAGCCCUGCCCGUGCCCCGCAGCAGCGCGCGGGGAUGCUGACGGAUGCUAGUAGUUGGCAGCUGGGAGCUUCCAGACAGCGAGGCUGGAGAGCAGCCCCUGCAGCCGGCUCAAUAACGCUCAAGCAAGCAAGCGCCCUCCCACACGAAGCUCUUUUUUUUAAAAAAGGGGAGAAAGAAAGAACCUUUAACUGCAGUUGAAAAUAAACUUCUGUUGAUGAGCUCCAUUUCUGUGAGUGAGGCUUGUGAAACUCUUUUGCGGUGUGAUCGAAUCUCCCCCGAAGCAGAUUGUCACAUGGAUUGUUUUGUUUUUAUUUUGGGUCUGGAAGGGCUGGAGAGGGUUUUCAGAUGACCUUCUCAGGCGCUGGUAUGUCAGAGGGCUGGCUCCACUCAUCUCUCUGAGAGAUGCAGGCGGAGCAGGAGGGACCAGCUUCCUGGAGCCCUUUCCUGGCCAUCUAGUGAUCCAAGUGGGACCUGAGCACCAUUUUCUGGUGAGAAUUUUCUGUUUGGCAGCUUCUCUGGUAUGAUAGAUGAUGCAUGGACCUCUCUCAUCUGGAGAGGCAGCCAAAUCUGAGACACUGAAGUUGUUUAUGUGGUAGAUGGUUUGUGCGAGUAAAGCCAGCUCUGAGAAGGACUGUCCUGAUACCUCGCCCCGGCGCAUGCAUGCUGCUGUUGGCUGCAUUCCUACAACUCCUUGUGCUUAGAUUUGCAGUCCCAUGGAAGGAAGCUGGACCCGUUCCCUCCAACCCCACCAUUCCUACUCCUCUGGGAAGUCACAUUUCACUACAAGUCAGGGAGGCCCACAACAAGAGAAACAGAGCAAGUUGAGGCACGCCAUACCCCCAUCACAGACAUUUGGCAGAUAUUCCUUCCUGAUGUCAGGAUAUGUCCAACUGUGCCCUGAGACAUGGGUGCCUGCUGGCUGUGCUGAGGCACUCAUGCCCCACAGCCCUGCUCAGGUGAGCCUAAAUCUCCAUUAGCGUCCAGUGUCUUGCAGAAAAAGCACAUAUCCCUGCGCUGAGUAGCAGAAGAAGUCAUGCCCAAAGAUGGUUUUCAUGAUUUAUGACCCAAAGCCAAGCUGCUGCCUCCACACUGAGGCCCAGUGCACUUUCUGACCCGCAGCCUGAUCUGGCGUGGGGCAUGAACGAAGGUGGUUAUGAGGGAGGAGAGGUCAUGUCCUAGUGGCAGGGUGAUGUGUCGCUCGGGCGUGCUCUCUGUUCACUCUUGGUUCAUUCCGUGUUGGUCAUGUGAGCGUGGAGCCAUUCUGUUUGCUCCAGGGUCGGGUCGUGUGACAGACAGCUGAAUCUGGCCCAGGGGCUUCAGCAAGCUGCUUGGGUGCCACCAGUGCUCCCAGUGAACCCUUCCCAGUAACCAAAAAGGACCGAAUCCCUUGGCCAACCUUCAUUUCUGCACUGGCCUAAAAGCCAGAGCUGUGCAAAGGGCAUUGGUUUGUGCAUCAUGGGAAGCUCCUGGAAGCAAAGGUCCUGUGCAGGUAUCUGCAGACAGGGGCUCUGCUCUGACUUGGGGCAGGCGCUUGCAGGCAGCUUGAUGUGCCCGGGGAGCUGGGGCUCGAGGGGAGCGCGGUGGCCAGGGAGGGACGGGGGGUGAGCUAGCACGGGAUGCGCCAGUGGUCUGCGCUCUGGGCCCGCAUUAGCAUCAGUCCAUGAGGUUUGAAGUCUGCUGUUGUCCUCUGGAUGUUGUGCUGUGGGAACUGUUUGAAAACUGUUGCUCACCCUCAACCCUCUCCCUCUGGAAAAGUCUCAACUGUUGGUGCAGCUGGGCCCUGGAUGGGCAGAGCUGGCGUUUUCCAUGCGCUCCUGUCUCAGGGUAUCCUGAUGGCGUGGCGUGAGGACAGUGAUCCAACCCGCAUCCCACAGCCGCUGCGGUUUGUGGGUGACGGCUGCAGGUGCCGUCCUGCUGCUGAGCUUUCGUCAGGGCACAGUGUGCACCUGGGCCCUCGAGCGACGGUGAAGGAGGGCCCAGGCUGGGACAGUGCGCAAGGCCAGCUGCCGACACAGGCAACAAGGCCGCUGGGACUGCAGCAACCUGUGCCGAGGGAUACUUCUCAUUAAGUCUGAAUUGCUGUCGGCAGCUGGAUGAUAGUGAAGUACAGGGAGGGCGGGUGUAGAAAGAGCCUGUUCCUCAGCACAGCAUCCCUCCACUUUGUGCAUGUGACAUUUGUGGUGCCUGGUUGCCUAAUGAGCGAGUUGUGGGGAGGGAGGAGCGUGUCACCCGCAGAAAAGUGAUCUGCCACAUGUACUGGCAGUCAGAGAGGUGUUUUCUCUUCACCUCUGAUCCGGGCUGCUUUCCCUGCUUUCGGAGGCUCCGUGUUGCUUGGCAGGGACUUACUUGCAGCAUGCAGUGCAUCACUCCAGAGUUGACAGAACGGUUUUAUUUGCUUCUUCUGGCCCCAGUGUCUGACAGCACUGGGUGGGGAUUCAGCAGUUUUGUGUCUGCCGGUCCCUGCAGCUAAGCACAGAAACACAAUUAAUUUUAAGAUGACAAAUUGCCAUUUCUGGCUGUAUGUUUUUCAAAGCCGUGUGGGGCUAUCACUAAAUUGUUUUCCCUAUGUGCUGGGCCCAGCAGGGGCUGCUUGCGAUGCAUCAACCUCAAAGAAAUGCCCAAGCACUGGAGAUGGAUUUUAGCAUUUGCAAUCCAGGUGCCAAGCUUUCUGCCUGCACUGGCACUGUUUUGGCUUAUUGCUAGAGGACUCAGCGCAUCCAUUAUCUCAGAGCACACAAGCCAUUAAUGUGACAUUUGCACCUGAUGAAAUUGCACUAAUUGCAGUGGGAUCCCAGUACCCCGCCGCAUAUGUCUCAUACCCAUGUCAGGCAGGAGGAGGAAGCAGAGAGCUCGUAUGGUUGAGUGCCGAGGGGAGCCCCAGCACCCUGAGCAGACAUUUCUGGGGUUAGGAGCAAUUUCUGCGUCACCUACGUUUUUCUCUCCUGGUUUUAGAAAGGCAAAACCCGCCCAAGCGUUAUCCGUUAUCCAGGCGGGAGGGAUGAGCAGCCCCAUCCUUGCUCAUGCAAAUGUAAAUGAAUCUGUUUGAGGCCAUACUCCCCUGCUGCCUUGUGGCCUCAGUCCAUUAGCGAGCGAUUCCAUUGGUUAAAACUGCCUGGUGUAUGAUGAGACAGCAGCCAUUUCAGCCAAUUCGAGCCCCUGUGGGCUCUGCUGCCCAUCCUAAUGAAUGAACGUUUCCCACGGUCCAUGCAAAGGGGCAGGACCACGGGGCAGAGGGGAGCAGUGGUGGUGGGUCUGGCCCUCGCUGGAGGCCACGUGCCCACCAUCAUCCUGCCUCCUGCAGGGCUCGGUGCUGCUGCUGGUUGUUCUUCUCAUAGUAACUCCAUUGUAUAGACUUGGGAUGUGGUGAAAUUCUGGUUACCGUGCAACCUGUCAUAUUCUUCUCUUCCAUAUGUAACAUAUUUGUUUUGUUUUUGUUUUGGGGAGGGGGGUUGCUUCUCUUUUAUGUUCUUCCUUUUUGUUUUCUGGGGAUUUUUUUGCAACUUCUUUGUUAAUGUGUAUAUAUAUAUAAAUAUAAUAUAAUAUAUAUACGUUACUGGA